AUGUCCGACCUCGACAGGAAAGCUCAGCCCGACCCCUACGCCGAAGAAAGGAUAUCUCCAGCGACGACCGCCGACCUAGAUGCCAGCUACGAAGCCUACAAAAGCCAUGAAGGCUCGCCAAUUGACCCGGCCGAGGCCAAAAGAGUACUACGGAAGAUCGAUAUGCGUAUCGUUCCCAUCCUCUUCAUGGUGUACCUCCUUCAAUAUCUCGACAAAAACUCCUUAAACUUCGCCACAGCGUAUGGUUUCCAAAAGGGCACGAAUCUACGUAAACAAGACUACUCCUGGCUCGGAUCUAUAUUCUAUUUUGGGUACCUUUGGGCGCAGCUACCUGGCGGAUACUUGUUGCAGAGGUUGCCCAUUGCAAAAUUUCUGGGAACAACUACUAUAAUCUGGGGUGUCAUUCUCAUAACCACACCGGCAUGCACAAACUUUGCCGGCGUGGCCACCAAUCGCUUCCUGCUCGGUACCUUCGAAGCUGUUGUCAAUCCCGGUUUUAUCCUCAUCAUGGGUAUGUGGUGGACCGCCGCCGAACAACCCCUCCGCCUCGAAGCAUACUAUUGCACCAACGGCAUUGCAACAAUGGUUGGCGGACUCUUGGGUUACGCAAUCGGCCACAUUACCACCGGCGCUCUGGACCGCUGGAUGUAUGUGUUCAUCAUCUUUGGCAGUGUCAGCAUUGUUUGGGGUGUUGUGGUUCUUCUCUUCUUGCCUGAUCUACCUUCUACCGCAAAGUUCUUGACCGAAAGAGAAAGAUAUAUCGCUGUGGAGCGAGUGGCCAGCAAUAGACAAGGCGUCAAGAACACACACUUCAAGAAAUAUCAGUUGAUGCAGGCACUGCGGGACCCAAAGACAUGGAUCUUGUUUGUCAUGGCUGUCGGUGCACAGGUGCCCAAUUCUGCUCUUACCAGUUUCACGUCCAUCAUCCUUGGCUCCUUUGGCUUCGACACACUAGGCACACAGUACCUCCAGAUUCCAAGCGGGUUCAUUCAAUUCGCUGCUCUCCUUGGUGGCGGAAUCAUCUGCUCUCACUUCCCAAACACCCGCUGCAUCGUCAUGAUUGCUGCAAACUUGAUCUGCAUCCUCGGAGCUGCUAUGCUGGUCGGUCUACCCGCAAGCAACAAAUGGGGCAGAUUAGUUGCAUUGUGGUUGUGCUAUUUCCAAGGCCUAGGGUUCAGUAUGAGUUUAACGAUGGUGAGUAGUAAUGUGGCGGGGUAUACGAAGAAGCAGGUCACGGGCACGAUUCUUUUUGUGGGAUAUUGUGUGGGUAACAUCAUCGGUCCUCAAACUUUCAGAGACAGCGAGAAGCCUGGCUACCACAGUGCUUACAUUGCCAUGCUGGUUGGAUAUGUGGUCAAGCUGGGCAUGGUUGUCGUUCUGUAUGUAUACAUGUUCACGGCAAAUAAGAAACGCGAUCGCGAGGCUGGUGGCAUGACUGCAGAAGAAGAGAGAUUGGCUAUCGAGCAAGGUAUGCAGGAUCAGACCGAGUUGGACAACAAGGGCUUUAGAUACACUCUGUAG